GAAGCGGUGCAAAACAUUGCAACUGAUCGUGCUCUCCCAAUAUUGUAUUUCUUUCAGAUCUGAUCAUACUCACCCUCCUCUGCUCUACAAUCAUUGUUUGAUUUCUUGAGAGAUAGUUGAAUCGUGGAAGAAAGUUGGGUGUUUGGUUGCCAUGAUAUCGCAGUUUUUUGUAUUAUCGCAGAGAGGCGAUAACAUCGUUUUUCGUGAUUAUCGUGGUGAUGUGCAAAAAGGAAGUGCAGAGAUAUUUUUUCGUAAAGUGAAGUUCUGGAAAGAGGAUGGGGAAACUGAGGCUCCACCUGUCUUUAAUGUGGAUGGUGUCAACUACUUUCAUGUAAAAGUGGUCGGAUUGCUGUUUGUUGCAACCACUAGAGCAAAUGUGUCACCUUCUCUUGUCUUGGAGCUUCUGCAAAGAAUAGCACGUGUUACUAAAGAUUACCUUGGCAUCCUUAAUGAAGAUUCUAUACGGAAAAACUUUGUGCUUGUGUAUGAAUUACUUGAUGAAGUUAUCGAUUUUGGUUAUGUGCAAACAACAUCGACUGAAGUUCUAAAGGCAUCUGUAUUUAAUGAACCAAUCAUGAUUGAUGCAACACAUAUGCCACCUCUUGGUCCGGCUGCCCUCUUUAUGCAAGGCAGCAAAAGAAUGCCUGGGACGGCUGUUACAAAAUCAGUUGUAGCUAAUGAACCUGGGGGUAGGAAGAGGGAGGAGAUAUUCGUGGAUAUAAUUGAAAAAAUAAGUGUUACAUUCAGCUCUAGUGGAUAUAUACUAACUUCUGAGAUAGAUGGCACCAUUCAAAUGAAGAGUUAUCUUUCUGGCAAUCCAGAAAUCCGAUUAGCUCUCAAUGAGGACCUAAAUAUAGGAAGAGGUGGCAGAUCAGUAUAUGAUUAUGGCGGUUCUAGUGGAUCAGGAUCAGUUAUACUAGAUGACUGCAAUUUCCAUGAAUCAGUGCAUCUUGAUAGUUUUGAUGUGGAUAGAACUCUGACUCUUGUUCCCCCUGAUGGUGAAUUCCCUGUCAUGAAUUAUCGCAUGACGCAGGAAUUCAAGCCACCUUUUCGUAUCAACACCCUGAUCGAAGAAGCAGGAUCACUGAAGGCUGAGGUGAUUCUGAAAAUACGGGCCGAGUUCCCUCAAAAUAUCAAUGCAAAUACAGUUGUAGUACAGAUGCCGCUGCCAACAUACACAUCCAGAGUUAGUUUCGAGUUGGAACCUGGAGCAGUUGGACAAGUGACCGAUUUCAAGGAGUCAAAUAAGAAACUCGAGUGGGGGUUAAAGAAGAUUGUUGGUGGAUCUGACCAUACACUGCGUGCCAAGUUAACAUUUUCACAUGAGUCACAUGGUAAUAUAACAAAAGAAGCUGGCCCUGUCAGCAUGACCUUCACCAUACCAAUGUAUAACUGCUCAAGACUCCAGGUGAAAUACUUGCAAAUUGCGAAGAAGUCGAAAACAUAUAAUCCAUAUCGGUGGGUGCGAUACGUUACCCAAGCCAAUUCUUAUGUGGCUCGCAUAUGAUUAGUUUGAGCUUCUAAACGUCCUUGUAAUGUCUUCGUUUUCUUCACUUUCUCUCCUUUCCAUCUCUAUGACGUGUUUAAUUUAAUAGCUAUCCCGUUCAUGUAACAAUAGAUUUCUGCUUUUACGUGGUAGGAGUUGCCAAAUAGGCCGGUGUUGUAUGACUCCAACCUAAAUGCAAUCACCAUCUCAUUUAUCUCCGAUAA